CGUGGACCCGUUUUGCGUCGGCUUUCCGAAAACAAAACCGGAUUGCGACUAAACGGAAGCGCUUGUGAUCAAAGUGAAGUUCUCCAGUAGAAAUCGUGAUACGAUCCCACCAUGACUGCCAAUAAAUAUUCCAUACUGCUUCCAACGUACAAUGAAAGGGAAAAUCUUCCCAUCAUCAUCUGGUUGAUUGUGAAGUACAUGCAAGAAGCGAACAUCGAUUACGAAGUAAUCGUCAUCGACGACGGUAGCCCAGAUGGAACUCUGGAUGUCGCGAAAGAGCUUCAAAAGAUAUACGGAGAAAAUCGAAUCCUACUGCGACCGCGAGCGGCCAAACUGGGUCUCGGAACGGCCUACAUCCACGGAAUUGAACAUGCAAACGGGAAUUUCAUCAUCAUUAUGGAUGCUGACCUGAGCCAUCACCCCAAAUUCAUUCCGCAGUUCAUUGCCCUCCAGCAGUCGGGCAAGUACGACGUCGUUUCCGGGACUCGCUACCAGGGAGACGGUGGUGUCUACGGGUGGGACUUCAAGCGGAAGCUCAUCUCCCGGGGAGCAAACUUCCUGUCGCAGCUGUUGCUCCGGCCGAACGCCUCGGAUUUGACCGGAUCAUUCCGGUUGUACAAGAAGGAUGUGCUCAAAGAGCUCAUCUCCCGCUGCAAGUCCAAGGGCUACGUCUUCCAGAUGGAGAUGAUUGUUCGGGCCCGGCAGUUGAACUACACCGUUGGCGAGGUGCCGAUUUCCUUCGUGGAUCGUGUCUACGGUCAGUCCAAGCUGGGAGGGUCGGAGAUCGUUCAGUUCGCCAAGAAUUUGCUGUAUCUGUUUGCUACCACAUAAUAUAUUGAACAAAUAUG